AUGUCAGAUACGUUUCUGUACAAAUAUCCGUCGCCGUUGGAGGGCUAUGCGAACCUCCCGCCGCUUCCCAAUGAGUUGAGCGAGGAUGGCAAAUCUCUCAAAAAUCCCGAAACAGGCGUCCUCAGCGAGGCGUAUCAACGGUUCACUUCGGGCGUCACUAAUGGACGUAGAGGAGGAUUCGACAUUCAUAUCUACUACCACACCAGGAAUGCGGAGCAGACCGAAUUUGCAAGAGCACUAUGGGAGAGGAUCCGCAGAGAGUUUCCUGAAUUGAGAAUAUACCGUUUCUGGGACCACCCUGUGGGACCGCACACCAUUGCCAUGUUCGAGGUCAAUGUCUUCACACCGGCGCAGUUUGGGGCCUUCAUACCUUGGCUGGUUAUCAAUCGGGGACCUCUCUCCGCUCUCGUCCACCCCAACACUGAUGAUGGUGAUGAACUGAGGGCCCAUAGCCAGAGAGCAACGUGGCUGGGGGAGCGAGUCCCGCUUGAUUUGGGCUAUCUCUAUGCGGAGAAACUCGAGCAUGAGAAGAAUAGGGAGCAAGGAAGCCAGAGUAGCGACUCGAAGUGA